AUGUCUGAAGCCGUUGAUUCUCUGAACGAAGCAAUUCUAGAAUCAAGGCGUCAGCUUCAUGAUCUCCAGGAAGCUCUACAGAAACCAGAUAUUGAUUAUUCUCAAGUUUUAGAACAGAUUACAACCACUGGAGAGAAAAUUAAGUCAGAAGCAGAUAGAAUUUCCGAUUUUAAAUACAAUGAGUCAACAGUGCUUCCAAUUGCACAUCAAAAAAAGCCACCAACAAUGAUAGAACAAAUUCGAGCUGUUUCUCCAAAAGAAUUUACACCUUCACACUCAACAAAAGCAUAUGAACUUAAAAAGAAAUACAUCAAACCGGGCGUUCCUCAAAAUAAACCACUCCCUCGCUUGUCAGCAGCUCAAAAACAACUUCCUGCAGUCGAAUUACUCAAAAGAGGUUUAGUUUCAGAAACAGAUGACUUAUCAGAAAUCAUGCCUCAAGUUGCAGGCAACCAGCCAAUACAAAAAUCAACACUUUUCAACGGAAUCGCGUAUGAUUUCAGAGGAGCAGCAGAAGCCAGCAAAAGAAGGAGGGAAGAAAAGAAACAACAAGAGGAAAUCUUUACUCGACAAAUGGAGAAAGUCUCUGAAAAGCCUCCAGAAGAAAAACCAGAACCUCCUCUUACUCCUACAGAGCCAGCUGUUAAAAAAGAGACACAGAAUCCACGUAUUUACGAACAAUUGCAGGAUGAAUAUGCUUACCAAACACUUCUUGUCGUUCGAGGAAAAGUUGCUCGUGAAACUCCUGAUUUUGAAUCAUUCCAACGUACAAAUGCAAGCAGAUUCAAAUCAAUUGAUAAUGUUCUUAAUGCAAUUGAAGGCUAUUGCGCUGUUUUUGGCAUUUCUUAUGCUGAAAUUGACGGUAGAAAAUUAUCUGAAGCUGCAAACCUUACAACACUUACAUACGAUCAGGUAGGACGUUGUCUUAUCGGAACAAAAGAGCAAGUUGAAAAAGCCAGGCUCAAAGCUGCAAAUCUCAUAAAAUUUAAUUGGAAAGUUUGGAAAUGGCGUCGUGACACAGAGCGAAAUAAGAAGCUCUUCAGGGCUGCUUAUACAAUACAGAUGGCUUGGCGAAUGAAUCAAGUUAGACGUGCAAUAAUGAUCGAAUGUCGCAAAAGAAUCGAAAGCAUCGAUAAUAAAGCUGACGAACUAUCACAAUCCAUCGUAAACAAAUACAGCCAGAUCGAAUCCGAUCCAUACGUCGUUAUCCACGUAAUGACAAAUUUCCAAGAUCUGACACGCGUUCUAGAUCUCAUGUAUAGCAACGUGUCCAUCAUCCUUCUUCUCUCAGAGCUCCCUCCCGGCCACAUUUGGGAAGAUUUCAUAGAGUUUAUGGGAUGUUGUGGAAUUCCUAACGUAAAUCAACGCGUAAACUACGUAAUAAUACGUGAUUUGAGGUCAGGAAACAACACCUCCAACAAACUCCUUUGCGAUAUGCGUUCAAUCAACCAAGUCCGGAGAUUAAUUGCAAGUCGCAACUGUUUCAUCAUUCCACACUCAGACUGGCAUGCAGAAAGGCGUCUUUCUGUUGAUAUCAGUUGUCCAAUAUUCGGCUGUGUCAAUACAAACAUGUUACAAGGUCGAAACAGUAUGAGAGACAUUUUCAGAGAUGCAGAAGUUGUUUCAUCAAUUUCUACACGAGAGAUGCGAGAUUUCGGACAAUUGUGUGACUCAUUGCGAGAUCUUCUUAUAGAUAACAAAGACAUCACACGCUGGAUCAUCCAUUUAGGCUUCAUCCAGAGCGAAGAUGCCAUUGCAUGGUUCGACACAAACCAAGAUUUUUACGAUGAAUCGAAAGAUCUUUCUGAGUUAAUUAAGAAGAAUUUGCAUGCGAAACAAGGUGCGUCAAAGUUCAUCCAGAUGAUACCAAGACUCGGCGCGACAUGUGAAGCAGUUCCUUCUGUUGUAAGAUCAUUCCCUUCUGUCUGUGUUUUGAUCACAGGAAAUGAAAUAAGAGUUAUCGGAACAUAUGACAGAAUUCAUUACCAACCAUUUAGAUUUUGCUCUUCAUUUGUUCCAGCGAUAUCUUGCAACACGGUUGAUUUGAUAACGAAAGCAAGACAAGUUGCAACAAUACUAUUGAAGAGAGGAGCAAUUGGUUAUUCAACAAUUGAUUUCCUUGUUUACAGCGAGAAAGAUAAUCCACAAAGUAUUAUUGGUUUUGAUGUAAGAGUUAAUACUUAUCCUUCUUCUUUGAAUAUGUGUUUUGUGUCUUUAUGUUGCGGAUUCGAACAAUCUUCAGGAAAAAUGAAAUUAUUAAAAGGUGUCGGAGAUGUUUACGGAAAGAAAUCAAGAUUUGCAAUUGUACACAGCGGAUUGACACAUCCUGGAUUAUCAAUGAUAGGAACAAAGGAUUUAAAGUCUCAAUUGUUUUCUGAAGGUUUGUUGUUCGAUUUGUUACAAAGAGUUGGCUUCAAAUUGCUUUUCUUGGCAAAUCCAAGUGAGGGAAAAAAUAUCGCAAUUGCUGGCGCAAAAACACCUGAAAACGCAUUGGCAUUAAUGGAAAAGGCUUACACAUAUAUGCUGAAACUUCUUUCGCCUAAAUCUGGUGGUGAUUUGGAAAGCUCUAUUUCAUCUGCUUUAAUAGGAAUGAGGCACUUCAAAACAAGAAUCUUUCCAUGA